CCCAACAACAUUAUUAUCCAAAAAAAAGAAGGGAUCCAGAACCAGGACCAGAAUCGAGACAUGCUCGCUUUCUCUGGUAUUGAGAACACUCCGAUUAACAACACGGAUACAGACAGAGCAGCAACCGUUGAUAUGGGCGGGAUUACCGAGGAAGAAGGUUCGUUGGUGUUGCCGGACGGCACCAGUUUGUAUACAAAGAGUUGGAAGCCCGAGGGAAUCCCGCGAGCUAUCAUUGCGUUUUAUCAUGGAUUCAGUGACCACUGCAACUCCUUUUUCGACUUCUUCCCAAACCUGGCUUCUUCUGGCAUUGAAGUCCGCUCUCUCGAUCAACGAGGAUGGGGUCGAUCCGUCAUCUCCAUCCCCAAACUCCGCGGCCACUAUGGAUCAACGUCCACAGUAAUGGCUGACCUACAUUUCUUCCUCCAGAGUCUCAUCCCAUUCACCAAAGAAGGCACAAUACCUUUAUUUCUAAUGGGACAUAGUAUGGGUGGAAUGAACGUGUUGUAUUACGUUCUCAAUCCCGAAUCACCAUAUCACCAUCAAGCCGAGAACACCAACGCAACAACUAAAGUCAAACUUGCAGGUGUUAUGUCCGUAGCACCCUUGGUAGCCGUGCAUCCAACGACGCAACCACUCAAGAUCGUGGAGUACGCGGGCCGGAUUGCCAAGCGUAUCGUGCCCAAGAUGACCAUGGUCCAAAACAUUGAUGCUAAAUGGGUGUCCAAAAACCAAGCUGUUGUCGACGAUAUCAAGGACGACAAGGGCGUCUUAUACCAUAAUACAGGAACCCUGGAAGGAUUAGCAGGGAUGUUGGAUCGAGGCGCCUGGUUGAAUGAUUUACAUAAGAAAACAACUGCCGCAAACCAUGCUGAUGGUAAGAAUGUGCCGCCCUUGUGGAUUGGACACGGAACGGAGGAUCGGGUUACGUGGUGUGAUGCUACAAGGAGGUUGGCGCAGAGUUUGGAUCAUGUUGAUGAUAAGACGUACAAGGAGUAUGAGGGGGCAUACCAUAAGUUGAUGAAUGAGCCUGAUGGAGUUGCUGAGAGUAUGACCAAGGAUGUGACGGAGUGGAUUGAGGCGAGGUUGCCAAAGAGUGAGGCCUAGACUCGUCUUCGACGUUGAUGGGAAUGGAGCUGGAGGCACCACCCGCUAUGAAAUAUCCAUGGAUGGGAUUUCGGUCUAUUGUACAUGUUAUAUAGUUACAUAUUAGUCUAAUAGUCUAUAGUACAGUGCCUAUAUCAAAUCAUAAUCUAAUCUCUAUCUCGGCGAUCUUCAAUUCUUCGCCAAAUUCCCACAAAUCCACCCCCUACAAUCUUAGACCCAACCUUGGGUCUACACACUAGCACAUUAUCCUGGGUACUAUCUUCCCCGGAAGUGUUGCUCGGUUCGGCAGAGUCUGUUUCUUCGGUUCCCGUCUGUGGUGCUUCAGUCCCAUCGCGACCCUCUUUCGUCCAUGACGAUGGAUCCGCACGACUCUUCUUGACAGCCAUGCGAACAUCCCACAGUCGACCCCCACUAAUGCCCGUGCCGAGCUCGACAACCUUCUCCAUGACGAAGGGCAGUUUCUCCUUUCGGAUAAGCUGCACGCACUCGCCGAUCUGGGUAAUACUCGGCAUAAACACCACGAGCAAUCCAUCUCGACGUAGAGCCGGAGCUACAUGCGGUAUUCGUUUAUGCGCAGCUGGCAUGUCGAGUAUAGCGUACGACAGAAAUGGCUGGGUCGCAUUGUCCCUCUUGAACAAUCCUGCCGGACUGCUGCGACGCUGUAAUUGGUCCUUGAUCCAAUCCUCAACCGCGCCAACGUGAAAAUCUACAUUUCCAGCAUAUAUGCCUCGUCGAAAGCCGCGGACAAUCUGCUCUGCAUGCCUUGAGAAUUUGGGCGACACGUCGACAGUGUGGAUAACUGCGCUUCGCUGAGAGCGCCAUUCAUCCCAAUCCUUUUGAACGGCAACAUCAUCCUGAGCAUCGGUUAUCUCUUCCUUUGAAUGCUGCUGUUCUCCACCUUCUUCAAACGGCCUGAUUGGUCGUUCCUCGAGUAUGCGGACCUGCGAUUUCUGCGGAAUAGGUGGGGG